AUGUCCUUCUCUGUCGACGACCUCGUAUCUUCCCUCUCCUCUGCCCACGUUGGCCAGGAGGCCAUGGAUAUCGCCAUGCUCCAGGCUCAGCUCGCCGAGACACUUUUCAGCGCUGGCCCUUCAAAUUCAUUCGCCAGUAGCAGCUAUUCCUCGUCUCAGAAUAUGCCAACCCGCGGUCGCUCGCUCGGUAGCCGAACAUGCAAUACUCCACGGGCUCGGACACCAUCAGCCAACUGGGGGAUGGACACCGGGCGGGGACGCACAAACUCAGUCUCAUCAACUUACGCGAAUGAAAUGGACGAAGACGAGAGGUUGGUUGAAGAAUUGCUUAUGCCCUCUUCCCAGUUCGACAACAACUACGCCUCGUCAUCGUCAUCCGCGACUUCCCUCUCUUCCCCCAUCCCAUGCCAGUCUCCCAUGAACUCUGUGUCAUUUUCGUCCUACAACCCAUAUCCUGAUCCCAUGCCAUCUUCCCCCACUACUUCUCUGUUUACGACCACCGAUCCUUUCUACAUUGCCCAAUUGCAGUCUCUCAAUAACUCAUCAUCUCAACAAUCGCAAUCCGUCUUUGCCCAAAAUGGGCGUUUAUCACAAAACUCUCCGUUCGCACUUGCAUCUCAAUACCACCAACACGGUAUGGCCCACAACUCAGUUCCCUUCAAGCCUUUCGCAGCAGCCUUUUGA